UUGCAUACAAACUAACGUUACCUAAAAACCACUCUGGAUAGCGAUUGAAAACACAACAAACACAGAGAGCGUCCUAAUUUCUAAAGGGGAGGUCAUUGAGUUUCCGUGUCACUUUCCUGGCUCAGAAAGCAAACCAGCGGUUGCCUUUCAUGUAGUCUUUAAGUCAACUUAGUAACGAAAGUCGUUUCUAACUAAUCAUGUCCAACCUUAAAGGCGGCACCAAGAAGGACACCAAGAUGAGGAUACGAGCCUUUCCCAUGACAAUGGAUGAGAAAUAUGUGAAUAACAUCUGGGACCUUCUUAAGAAUGCCAUCCAGGAGAUUCAGAGAAAGAACAACAGUGGGCUGAGCUUUGAAGAGCUGUACAGGAAUGCCUACACCAUGGUGCUCCACAAACAUGGAGAGAAGCUCUACACCGGUCUAAGGGAGGUCGUCACUGAACACCUCAUCAACAAAGUACGGGAAGAUGUUCUAAACUCUUUGAAUAAUAAUUUUUUGCAAACACUGAAUCAGGCCUGGAAUGACCAUCAAACUGCCAUGGUUAUGAUCAGAGACAUCCUCAUGUACAUGGAUAGGGUGUAUGUACAACAAAACAAUGUGGAGAACGUCUACAACCUCGGCCUAAUCAUAUUCAGGGACCAGGUAGUGCGUUAUGGCUGCAUUCGAGACCAUCUACGGCAGACAUUGCUGGACAUGAUUGCACGGGAGAGGAAAGGAGAGGUUGUGGACAGGGGGGCCAUCAGAAACGCCUGCCAGAUGCUGAUGAUUCUUGGCUUGGAUGGCAGAUCAGUAUAUGAGGAGGACUUUGAGGGCCCAUUCUUAGACAUGUCAGCUGAAUUCUUCCAGAUGGAGAGCCAAAAGUUCCUUGCAGAAAACAGUGCCAGUGUCUACAUAAAGAAGGUAGAGACUAGAAUCAAUGAAGAGAUUGAGCGAGUUAUGCACUGUCUGGAUAAGUCUACAGAAGAGCCCAUUGUCAAGGUUGUGGAAAGGGAGCUAAUUUCUAAGCACAUGAAAACCAUUGUUGAGAUGGAGAACUCUGGCCUGGUCCAUAUGCUUAAGAAUGGCAAAACAGAAGACUUGGCGUGCAUGUACAAGCUUUUCAGUCGCGUGCCAAACGGCCUGAAAACAAUGUGCGAGUGUAUGAGCUCUUACUUGAGGGAACAAGGCAAGGCUCUGGUGUCAGAAGAGGGAGAAGGCAAGAACCCCGUCGACUAUAUCCAGGGUUUGCUAGACUUGAAGACUCGAUUUGAUCAUUUUCUUCUUGAGUCUUUUAACAAUGACAGACUCUUUAAACAAACCAUUGCUGGAGACUUCGAGUAUUUUCUCAACCUCAACUCCCGUUCGCCUGAGUACCUGUCACUCUUCAUUGAUGAUAAGCUUAAGAAGGGAGUUAAAGGGUUGACAGAACAGGAGGUGGAGUCUAUUCUCGACAAGGCCAUGGUGUUGUUCAGGUUCUUGCAGGAGAAAGACGUUUUUGAAAGGUACUACAAGCAGCAUCUGGGUCGUCGGCUUCUCAGCAACAAGAGCGUCUCAGAUGACUCAGAAAAGAACAUGAUCUCUAAGCUAAAGACAGAAUGUGGCUGUCAGUUCACCUCAAAACUGGAAGGGAUGUUCAGAGACAUGAGCAUCUCCAACACUACUAUGGAUGAGUUCAGGCAACACAUACAAACCACAUCGGCAUCUCUAAGUGGUGUGGACCUCACAGUAAAGGUCCUCACAACUGGCUACUGGCCUACACAGUCGGCAACCCCGAAAUGUACCAUCCCACCUGCUCCUAGACAUGCCUUUGAAGUUUUCAGGAGGUUUUACCUUGCUAAGCACAGUGGCAGACAGCUUACACUGCAGCACCACAUGGGUGGGGCAGACCUAAAUGCAACCUUCUAUGGAGCUGUUAAAAAGGAGGAUGGUUCAGAGGUGGGAGUAGGAGGAGCCCAGGUGACGGGUUCUAACACUCGAAAGCACAUUCUGCAGGUCUCCACCUUUCAGAUGACCAUCCUCAUGCUCUUUAACAACAGAGAAAAGUUCAAUUUUGAGGAGAUCCAGCAGGAGACAGAUAUCCCAGAGAGAGAGUUAGUGCGAGCCUUGCAAUCUUUGGCUUGUGGGAAACCCACACAGCGGGUUCUCACAAAGGAGCCCAAGUCCAAGGAGAUUGAGAAUGGGCAUGUGUUUACAGUCAAUGAUCAGUUUACUUCCAAGCUGCACAGAGUCAAAAUUCAGACAGUUGCUGCCAAACAAGGUGAAUCAGAUCCUGAAAGGAAAGAGACACGGCAGAAAGUGGAUGAUGACAGGAAGCAUGAGAUUGAGGCAGCCAUCGUGCGAAUCAUGAAGUCAAGGAAGAAGAUGCAGCACAAUGUCCUGGUUGCAGAGGUGACUCAGCAGCUCCGGGCACGUUUUCUUCCCAGCCCUGUGGUAAUCAAAAAGCGCAUAGAAGGACUAAUAGAAAGAGAAUACUUGGCGAGGACACCAGAGGAUCGUAAAGUGUACACCUACGUUGCGUAGACUGUGGACUCUGGACAAGCGUCGGUAGAGACUGGAUGGAGGGAAUUGGAAUUAUCAUUGGUCGUUGUUACGCAUGGACUGGAAGUUUAUUUGAAAAACAAACACUGGGAGCCUGAUUCAUCUUUCCUUGCAAAAACACAAUAAACCCUCAUAAAUUGGAAGGAAAAUCUUGACACAGAAGGAAAAAAGAAAAAGAAUCCAUUGGGUCUUCUAGAUGACUUUUAAAUCGGGCCCAGUCUUCCUGUUCCCUGUGAGUUUUAACGUGGAUGGAUCCAGCUUCAAGCUUUUCACUGUUUUACCCUUAUAGAGAUCAAACUUGCAAAGAAUCCCUUGGGAAAAUGUGAAUGCAGCACAUUAUUAUUAUUAUUAUUAUUUUGUUUCAAUACUGUAUAAAAAUAAUAAAAUUAUUAAAAACAACAAAUGUGGAUUGUUACAAAAUAAAGAUGAGUAUUGUUGCUCUAGUUUGUUAUAGAA